CCUCAACCUCUGCCGUGGAGCCGUCUUCCCUGGAUACUUCGCUACACGGGGUUCCCGGUCCAUAAUCGCUUUCGUCGCAAAAGUUGCAUAUAGGAAGCUCCGGAUCCGUCAAAAGCUGCUGGUGGGCAAAAAAAAGGCAAAAUAGCGAGGUGUGUACCCAUUUUUAAUUUUGCUGAUGCUCGCCAUCCUAUCUCUCCGUUGCACCGUGCUCUUCCGGGCGAGUCUGCUGGCAUGAUUCCCGUAGCUGCAAACAGGUCGAGGCAUGUCGCAACGCGCAGUUGGGCUGCAGGGAGGCGACUUGGCCGCCUGCGUAUCCCUACCCGCCCAUCCAUCCCGCUUCCGCUCGUGUCUCCUCCCCCUGUCUUGUCCAAUCCGCUUGCAUCUUCUUGGAAUGAGUGAUUGUGUGCUGUUUGCUGUCGGUUAUAAUUAACUGAGGAUCUUCAUCGGCCCUUUAUAUAUAUGUAUUAAUACUAGCGUGUCAGGCCACCACCACCACCACCCACCCACCAUGGAUCCUCCGCCGCCUGCAGCCGAUGUUUGCCCACUCCACUCGCCUCGCCCCGACCGCAUGGACAUCGACUCUCACAAAUCAGACCUCCCCUCUCGACGCACCUCAUCAGGAUCAAACUCCAACUCUCGAUCGAGCAGCUCUCGCCGUGAAUCGCUCGGCUCCAUCGAAGAAGAAAGCACAGGAAUCGCUCAAUCGUUCGUCGACAAGGAAAGCGCCCCAACUGGCGACCACUCCGGCUCCGCCAAAACGGCUCUCAACGUCCAAAGCCCGACACAGACCCCAGAUUUCUGCUGCCCAUGCGGUGGAUUUCUGGGGUGGAAGCAGAUCCGCCUUGGAGGCCGGAGGGCAAGUCGGAGCUACAGCGACCUUCGCAUCUUAGGUGGUGUCCAUCGCUCGAGGGGCUGGGCGUGGGAGGAGACUCCGGAAGAGCCCGCGCCGGCCGUCAAGGAAAAAGAACAGCCACCCAAGGAAUGGCAGCGUGCCCCGAUUGAGAACCUUCCCGCUGAGAUCCUCGACCAGAUAAUCUCUAAUUUGGCUUUGGAUAUCCCACCCAAUGGAUACACGCCGCGGAAUGUCGACUUGAUAUCAUGUCUCUUGACUUCCCGUACGCUGCACUCUGCUACCCUCGGUGUCUUAUAUAGACACAUCACCAUUCCCCAUUCAAUUAUCUUCUCCAAAGCAUUAAACCACAUUAAACAGUACCCAUCCCUUGGCACCAUUGUUCGACGGCUCGACUUCUCCCAUUUCUCUUCCGUUGGACUGGGUCGAACUCAGCAGAUGAAUGUCGAGAUCCAAAACCUUACCUGGAGGACGUUGCUGGAAUGCUUGAACCUGCUUCCCAAUUUGAAAGAAUUGCUUCUGCAAGAACAUGUUGAAGAUGACGUGAACGGCGAUGUCACACGCAAAAUCCUUUCCGACAUUCCCACCCUGCGAGCAGUUGACUUCUGUGGCUGCUCGUCACCCACCUUCUCCUCCGGUUUCGUCGGUGCAGUGACGCAAGAUCCAAAUUUCCCUGCCCAACUCCGUACGCUUCGGAGAGUGUCUCUUCAUGAAUGCACCAGCCUUCCAGACGAAGCUUUCCAGGCCCUCUUGCCGCGAUUGAUCAAUUUAACCCAUCUUGACGUUGCCCACACGCAAAUAACCAACAAGACGCUGUUUAUGAUUCCCCAGAGCGCCCAAAUCACGCAUCUGAGCCUGUCACGAUGCACGCGGCUGACGGGACCUGAGGUUGUUGAAUUUUUGACCACCCAUCCUGCCGUCACUGACACGCUUGUGUAUCUGAACCUGAUGUCAGAUGCUUCAAGACACAGAAUUCUCGAAGAAGAGGACGUCGAGACCCUUCUGCCACACCUCACUCCUACGCUACGCUCCCUCAACCUUGGUGGCGCCAGAAUCACCUCUGCACAGAUGCCAAUGCUUCUCAAACUUUCCAAGCAUGUAGAGGAACUAGGUCUCAAUUCGGCUAACAUCACCAUCGACGAUAUCAAUUCGUUCUUCAGGCCUUUCCCUCUCUCUAACGAGCACCAGAUGGAUGUCGAAUGGGUUCGCCCAGCCCUGCGCUAUCUCGACCUUACCAAGAAUCCACACCUGACGCAAGCGACGCUUCUCAAUCCUAAAUCAUGCCUCCUUGUGACUCCGCAAAGCUAUCCGCUGCACGUCAUCGAAUUGACCGAGCGGAUCAUCACUCCUCUGCGUCAGCGUAGUCCACGCAAUGGCUGGGUGGUGAGAGACCUGGGAAGACGAGGGUGGUACGUUCGCGAGCCGCCGACAAACCCGAACGAAAUGAAGAUGAUGCCACGAGACGACGGUCGACGGUCGUGGAAGAUGGGUGCGCGCUGGUGGGGGAUGAGGAAGAUCCCGGUCUGUGUCGGUGACGUUGGUGGGAUAUACGGCCAUUACAUGUUCAAGAAGUGAUCUUUUCCACC